AUGGAAAUAGUCAAUCAAACCAGCAGUGUCCCUGAGUUUAUCCUCCUGGGACACUCCUCCAGACCUCAAGACCAGAAGCCGCUUAGUCUCUUCCUCAUCACGUACCUGGUCACCAUAACUGGGAAUCUGCUCAUCAUCCUGGCCAUCCGCUCUGAUGCUCAGCUUCACACUCCCAUGUAUUUCUUCUUGAGUUUUCUAUCUUUCAUUGACAUUGGCUUUACCACCACCAUAGUCCCUAAGAUGCUAGUGAAUUUUCUAUCAAAGGAGAAGACCAUCUCCUAUGCUGGAUGUGUGACACAAAUGUAUUUUAUUUAUGUUUUGGGCACCACUGACAGCUGCCUUCUGGCAGUCAUGGCCUAUGACCAUUAUGUGGCCAUCUGUGACCCCUUCCACUAUGUCACCACCAUGAGCCUCCAUCACUGUGUCCUGCUGGUGACCCUCUCAUUCUUGUUUUCUCUCCUCCACUCCCUGCUACACACACUUCAGAUGAAUCACCUCACUCUCUGUGACUCUAAUGUGAUCAGCCACUUCUUCUGUGACAUUGAUGCUCUGUUGAAACUGUCCUGCUCCUCCAAAUUCAUCAAUGAAAUGUUGAUAAUAACAGAAGGACCUGUUGCUUUGGUGACACCUUUUCUUUGCAUUGUUUUCUCUUAUAUUCAAAUCUUCAUUGCAGUUCUCAAGAUCCCCUCAGCUGCUGGAAAAUGCAAAACCUUCUCUACCUGUGGUUCCCACUUGACUGUGGUAACAGUCUUUUAUGGAAGCAUCUUCUAUGAAAUUUUACAACCCUUGUCCAGCUACACUAUUAGUACCCAAAUGGCAAUGAUGGUCUACACAGUUCUGUCCUCCAUGCUAAAUCCUUUUAUCUACAGUCUGAGAAACAAAAACAUGAAAAAGGGCUUGGGGAAGCUGCUAAGUAUAGGAAAUUCUAACCAGAAGCUGUGUUGGUCUAUUCAUGCUGUCUCUGAUACCAUUUUUGCUGAUUCGUGUUACCACAAUAAAUUCUUGUAUUUCAAAAUAUAA